AUGGACCAGGAUGGGAGCGAGAAGGCCCUGGAGCUACCAAAGUUUGUGAAAGGGGAGAGGCAGCAAGGUCAGAGACUCGCUCAGUGUUUCCCUCUGCCCACGGAGGGGAGGAGGGGACGGGCCUCCCCCGCCUCGGCUUCCAAAUUGGGCAGUGCCCGCGGCAGCCCCGAGGCAGCCGGGCUGCGUGGGCAAGUGACUCACGGCACCGCUGCACGGCCACGUUAUCCGGGUGCUACUGGAAACUUGAUAAUUGCUGAAGUUCAUCCAGGUGGUCUUUUUCUGAAGAUCCUGAACCGUGCCCUUCAGAAAGAGGAGAGCAUUGGGGACCAUCUCCUGAUGCAGAAUGUCCAAGGUCAACCAGUGGCAGUAUUCCGGUUUCCCCCAAAGAUCAGGAUGGCGGCUGGCUCUGUUGUGACAGUUUGGGCAGCAAAUGCUGAAGCACUUCCCAAACCUCCCUCUGAUUUUCUAUGGAAGGACCUAGAGAGAUUCAAGACUGGCUUCAACUGUGCUACCAUUCUUUGUGAACCUAAUGGUCAGGCUGUUGCCUGGUAUAUUCCUCGCCACUGCAGCAGAAGGCAGGGAUGGGGGUUGAGAGAAGAAAGGGAGAAGUUGGAGAACAUCAUGAAACCAUUUUCCUCACCGACAGAGCAGCAAGAAGGAUGGGAAAGGGAACAGGAACCUGCAAUGAUGGACACAGAGUGGAAAAGGCCUGACCCAGGGCAAACAAGAACAAAAAGACGAAGUUUCAUUAAAAGGGAAGAACAGCCCUCUGCGCCGCUGUUCCCUGCUCGGAGUGCUUGGUGCCAGAGUCCCGGUGCGCCCACCCACCCUCACUUCUCCCUGGUUAGACCCCUGGCCAUGGGCAAUGACGGCAGCAGCUUGUGCAGGCAGUCCCGGUGCCAGUCAGCAAGGCCCGACCCGGUGCCAGGCCCUGGUGAGAAAGUCAGUGUUUAUUUCGGGUACUUCAAACCCAGAAAGCUGUCGGCACACUGGAAAGAAGUCGGGGAGAAUGACAAAGUGUAUAAAUGUCUGAAGAGGUUGAUUCAUAAAGAUUAA